AUGUGCCACGUGCCCGGGAUAUUAGAUCCCCCGAGUCACCGAUCCCCGAGCCCGAUAACGAUAACAAUCGUACUCCGUACGGCGCCCGCAAUCCAAGGCGGUAAAGAUUAUUUGUAUAGCCCAUCCGAAAACGUCAUUGCUUCUCCCCAACCAGAGGUUGCGGCACUUUCAAGAUGGCAUGGAGCACCCCCCAAAGGCAUUGGAUUGGAAGUUAACUUACUCGCGCAGUCGAAACAAUACCUUAACUGGGGCUCCGCAGAAAAUGCGCACCCAAUGGACAUUUUCUCGUUGGCUGUGACCGACAAGCAAACUCUCACCGCAGGAGGCUCACCGGAUAUCAAGAUUCACUCUACUGCCGAUGCCGACUUUCCUCUGGUCCAAUCCAUUGACAAUGCGCACAACGUUGGCUGCCACCACAUUGUGACUGAUGGGAAAGGCUCUCGAGCCAUCUCCUCGGGCUUUGAUGGAAAGAUCAAGGCCUGGACGUGUCAAGAUGGAUAUUGGGCCGCUGAACAGAAACUGACUGCCGACCUGGAGGCUGCGAAGGCCUGGGCUAUUGCUCUAUCUGAGGAUGGCCAGUAUCUCGCCGGUGUUAAUCAAGAAGGUCGAAUCAAGGUUUGGGAUCUUGCUGCCGAUGCUACACAGAUUCGGGACCACGAGACAAAGGGAAGCUACGGCACCUGCAUUGACCUGUCUGCUGAUGGUCGCUUCAUUGCUACUGGUCAUGCCGACGGCUCUGUUUAUAUAUUCACCACUGAGACCGGCCGCAUGCCAUUCUCUCUCGCAGGUCUGGUCAAGAACGUUCGCACUGUUGCCUUUUCACCCGCGGGAAAGAUUCUCGCAGCUGCUGGCGACACUAGGGUGAUUGUGCUGUAUGACACUGCCUCCGGCGAACAAAUCGCAAGCUUCACCGGGCACACUGCCUGGAUAAUGUCACUUUCAUGGAGCAGUACCGGAGAAUAUCUUCUGAGCAGUGGCUUUGACGGCAAGAUCAAGGUUUGGUCUAUGCAAACCAAGACUUGUGUUGCUACUCUUUCUGAGACUGACAAGGCUGUUUGGAGUGUCAAAUGGCUCCCCAAGACUGGCAAGACUGAAGCUUUUGCGACUGUGGGUGAGAACUGUAGUAUUGCAUUCUACCGCGAAGCUACUGGUUAG